AUUGCAACGAGUACGAUGACUUGGGUUGUUUCAACUCCCCACAUGACUGUCACUCUAUGACCCCAAACACCCCCGAUGAAAUUGAAACCAAAUUCACUGUAUUCACCCAAGAUAAUCGAGCAAUAGGCGAUGUCUUGGACCGGAAGAACUUGGAUAGCAUCCGAAAAUCACACUUUAACCCGAAUAGGGAUACGAAGAUCUUUGUACAUGGAUGGAAAGAUAGCAUGGAUUGGGGAAGCUGGAAGAGUUUCAGAGAUCGCUUUCUUGAUACGUACGAUGUUAACGUGGUGUUUGUAGACUGGUACCCAGGUAGUUCAAAGAACUAUUUGAAGAGUAGCGCCAAUACUCGCGUGGUUGGCAGGGAGAUCGCAAAACUCAUCGAGGCUUUCCGCGAUGUCGGCGCCACCUGCAACUCCAUGCACAUCAUCGGGCAUAGCCUUGGAGCUCACACCGCUGGGUACGCGGGAGAGGCUUGCAGAGACCCGGCUAUUAGCAUAGGGGAGACAGUCGGUAGAAUUACAGGAUUGGAUCCCGCUGGACCCGGGUUUAGCGGCAAUCUUGAUAACUCUUGUCGCCUAGAUAAGUCAGAUGCUGCUUUUGUUGACGUCAUUCAUACGGAUGGAGAACCCGCUGGCGCUGGACUCUUAGAUGAGUUGGGCCACCAAGAUUUUUAUCCGAACGGAGGUCGUGAAAUGCCCGGUUGUCCUGUGAUAGGUAAUAAGAUGUGUGAUCAUAACCGUGUCACAGCAUACUUCCUUGAGAGUAUCGCGUCUACGUGUUCGUUCUCCCCAUCGACUCAGGGAGCGACGUACGAGGACAUCGAAGCUGGGCGUACGACGAAGUGCACGACGUUUACAUGCCCCGAGAUGGGCUACAAAGCAGACUCAAGCAAGGGCGAAGGGGCGUUCUAUCUUGAGACCAACAAUUACAGUCCCUAUUGCCAAGGCUAAGGGGUAAUAUGGAAUGUAAAUGAGUGGUACAAAGGGGUAAGGAUUGGAUGCAAUAAAUGAGAGCUAAGAGUGUGGUACAAGAGGGUUAAAAACGGGGGAAAUAAUGAGUAAUUACCAUCUAUAUACAUGUCUGUCUUAUUUCUAAGGGGAAAAAAGAUUUUAUCAAGUAGGACCAUAUUGAUUCUUACGGUAAAUUACAUGAACUGCUUAAUUACAUUAUAAUUACGAUUAUGAUGAUUAUAACUAGAAUUAUUAUCAUUAUUGUUAUCAUUGUUAUCAUUAUCAUCAUUAGUAAUAUAUUCAUUUAUUUAUUUAUAUUAUUUCUCUUUUUUUAGGGGGGGGGUAAUAAUGAUUACAUUACAAAGUUUUGUUUCAUGGAAUACCAGACAUAUUGCACUCCUUGAUUUUGGCCCUAACUCGUGAAAUAUCUCUGGUAUCCAAUUCAGAGCCAUCGAAUACAAUAUGAAUAUCGAAUGGUUAAGAAGACAAACGGGAGGGGGUGGGGGGGGGGGGGGGGGGGGUAAAUGAUAGGUGAAUGCGAAUCAAGCGUAGAGGGUGAGUAACGAGGUAGUAACAAUUAUUGGACUAGUAGAUUGAAGUGUAGUAGAAGAUUUCCUUGGAUAUCAAUAUGAUUCAAUUUAAUUUUCUAUUUGAUCUUAAAUAUUUUAAUAUUUUCACGACUUCAUGGUCAUCUAAUGAGCAGAAACUAAUCAACCACAAUAUUUUAUUUCAUAAUUUGCUUAAUAAUAAACGAUACAGAUCAAGUUUUCAUCUUUUUAUGAUCCCAUAUUGCUUUAUUGUUCGAACACAGUGAGUACAUUACAUAAUAGUUUUGACUUCAAUAUUAAAAAUACAAUGAUUACAAUGUGAUUUCAUCUUUAGAUACUAUUGUUUGAACAUGAUGGAGCAAAGGGUUAAUACAAAAAAAAACGACGUCCUUAGUACGAAACAUCGGUCAUAGCAUGCUGAAAAAGCAAACAUUGCCAUUUGUUCAAGAAUAGAUAAAUAGAUAAAAGAAUAAUGGAACAAUAAUUGACUUAUCAAUAUAUCCUUAUUGAAAGCUGAGAUAAGGUAUCUGAACACUCUAAAAAAAUAUUGGGUAAAAGAGCUCCAUGAGGGUAAUUACGUGUCCAACCAACAUUGGGCAUUUCUUUUUGGGCAUUUUUAUUUAUCCAGUGUGAUGAAAAUUUUGCCCAUUCUAAAGUAAUUGCUACUUAUUUUUUAACCUUACUGCUUCCCGCAUUGGGUAAAAUACUGCGCUAAAUUGGUUGGACACAUAAUUACCCUCGUGCUGGUAAAAAUUUUACCCAAUACUUUUUUACAGUGAAGUGGACGAAUGAAGAGAGAACCUCAGUAAAAAGAGGUAACAGUUUCAAUAGAGAGGGUGAGAGUGAUUGUAGUUAAUUACGAUAUAAAAAUCAUACCGAGGAUAGUGGCUCAAAGGUGAAAAGUCUCUAAGAUAACACUUUAAAUCCAUCAAAUACAAAUUGAUUACGAUGAAAUGUAAUAUUUUUUCUGCAGAUAAAGGUGCGUCGAAGACCAAGACAGAAGCCCACUUACAAAGACACACCCAUAGGAACACAUUUACAUUACAGAAUUAUUUAACAUUUUAUCUUGCAUUCAGAAUUAUACCGCGAUUGGAUAGAUACUUAUUAAUAAACAUUGCAUCCAACAUAUUAUUAGUAUGACAAAUUCAUACAUACGUGGAGCACAAUCUCAAGCGACCAAAACAUGCAAUUAUUGUCCCAUGUAAUGAUAGUAGAACUAUUGAUUAUUUUCACUGUUUUUUUAUUUGCCUUUCUUUCUUCUUCCUCCUCGUCUUCGAGCUUCACCGUCUAAUUCAAAUCUGAAGAUUCUAUCUUUUACCUGCAACAUUUAAUAUUGUAAUACAUUUUUUCAAUAAACGGUUGAGUGAAUAGGCCUAUC